CACAGAGCCAGGAUGAGCUUGGCGUCUGAGCAUCUGGUCAGCAGCAGGUCUGCAGCCAAGAGGCACAAGAGCAUCAGGAAGAAUUCCAGGAGGAUCCUCUCCGCAUAUGAGGAUCACCAGCAGGGCUCCUCUGACAAUGAAGACAAAGACGACGAGCGCGUGGAGAGCAAUGAUCCUGAGGAAAUGUUCCAGAACAUCCAGUACCAGAAAGAAAUUAUCGCCAACAUCAGGACCAGGCCCUGGCCCAUGAGACGCAAGCUGAAAGUUCUGAAACACGCCCGGGAAAUCGUGCUCAAGUAUGAAGGUCGGCUGACCAGAACCAGAGGCUACCAGACGGCCGGAGCAGACCUGCUGAAGAAAGUGUCGCGGCUGCUGUACAACAUCAUGGUCAUCUUCAUUCCCUGGGAAGUGAGGAUCAAGAAAAUUGAGAGUCACUUUGGGUCUGGAGUGGCAUCCUACUUCAUCUUCCUCCGCUGGUUGUUUGGGAUUAACAUUGUUCUCACCAUCAUGACUGGAGCCUUCAUCGUUCUUCCAGAGCUACUGGCCGGAGCUCCGUUCGGAACCACCAGAAGCAAAACCAUUCCCAAAGAGCAGCUGGCGUCUGCCCAGGACCUGGACACCAUUUGGUCUCUGGGGGGCUACCUGCAAUACUCCGUGCUCUUCUAUGGCUACUAUGGCAGAGUGAGGAAGAUUGGCAGCGCCGGCUACCGCCUGCCGCUCGCUUACUUCCUGGUGGGAAUGGCUGUCUUCGCCUACAGUUUCAUCAUCCUCUUGAGAAAGAUGGCCAAGAAUUCCCGCCUGAGCUUGGCGAGCGCCUCCGAUGAGAACUUCACCUUCUGCUGGAGGAUAUUCUGUGCAUGGGACUACCUGAUCGGAAACCCAGAGGCUGCUGAAAGUAAAGGAGCCGCCAUUGUCAACAACAUCAGGGAAGCCAUCGUUGAGGAGCAGGAGAAGAAGAAGGACACAAGCCUCGCGGUGCUGAUAAGUCUCCGGAUCUUAGCCAACAUCCUGGUGCUGCUGUCGCUGGCCGGCAGCAUCUACAUCAUCUACUUUGUGGUGGAGCGCUCGCAGAAACUGGAGCAGGAGAAGCCGGAGCUGACGCUGUGGGAGAAAAACGAGGUGAGCGUGGUGGUCUCUCUAAUCACAAUGAUAGCGCCCUCUGCCUUUGAGCUGGUGGCUCAGCUGGAGAUGUAUCACCCCCGGACCUCCCUGAGGUUCCAGCUGGCCAGAGUUCUGGUCUUAUACCUGGGGAACCUGUACAGCCUCAUCAUCGCUCUGCUGGACAAAGUCAACAGCAUGAGUUCUCCUAUUCCACCAAGUCACGGUAACUGGACCGGGUCCACGGCACCCAUGGCCACCGUCUCCCAGGUCCCGUUCACGGUGGGCUCCGACCUGCCUGUCCCUCAUCACAACAGCAGUGUCGCCCCCACUGUGUCGGAGGUCGGCAGCAGGACCAUGACAGUGUCCGUGUCCAACCACACCGGGCUGUUUGAGAACAUUCGCUCGCAGCAGGACCAGUGCUGGGAGACCUACGUCGGACAGGAGAUGCUGAAGCUGUCCAUCAUCGACAUGAUCUUCACAGUAGCAAGCAUCUUGCUGAUCGACUUCAUCCGAGGCUUGGUGGUCCGCUACCUGAGCGACUGCUGCUGCUGGGACCUGGAGAGCAAGUUUCCUGAGUAUGGAGAGUUCAAAAUAGCAGAGAACGUCUUGCACCUGAUUUACAACCAAGGGAUGAUCUGGAUGGGGGCCUUUUUCUCCCCAUGUCUGCCUGCCUUUAAUGUGCUGAAGCUGAUUGGGCUGAUGUACCUGAGGAGCUGGGCCGUUCUCACCUGCAAUGUUCCUCACCAGCAGGUGUUCCGAGCAUCCAGAUCCAAUAAUUUCUAUCUGGCCAUGUUGCUCUUCAUGCUGUUCCUGUGCAUGCUGCCCACCAUCUUCGCCAUCGUCCGCUACAGACCCUCCCAGCACUGUGGGCCAUUCAGUGGUCAGGAGAAGAUCUAUGACAUCAUCUCUGAGACGGUGGCCGCAGACUUCCCCCUCUGGUUUAGUAAGGUCAUGAGUUACAUCACAAGUCCUGUUGUGGUGCUGCCGGCCCUCCUGCUGCUCUUCAUGCUGAUCUACUACCUCCAGGCCAUCGCAAGAUCCCUGAAAUUCACAAACAACCAGCUGAGGAUGCAGCUCCAGACAGAGCGCACUGAAGAUAAGAAGAAGGUCUUCCAGUUGGCUGCAGCCCGUCUGCAGGGUCCGGAGUCGGAUGUGAACCAGAAUUCAGAGCAGCAGGAGAGUGACAUCACCAGUCAGGAGGUGUCCUUCAACUCCCCCUCUCCACAGAGAAACGGCAGCGUGGCCAACUUCCAGUCUCCAGGGCCGCGCACCAACAGCAUUCACACCAUCUCCCAGUCAGCAUCCCAGGCCGAGCUGAACCGGUGUGGCGUGGCUGGUCCUUCCAGAAGUCCCAUCAGGUCCCUCCUGCCCAAACAAAGGCUAGAGCAGAUCCCCAGCAGACCACCAGUGUUUCUGGGAGGAGCCAGUGGCUCCAGCAGGUCCAGGUCCUACCACCACCUGGCCUUCACCCCCUCAGCCGUACACUCGGACCCCCUCUACAGGAGGACCCCGCGCCCCCUACACGCAGCUGAAAAUGUGGCGCAGGGCUACAGAGGUCGUCGAGGUCACGCCACCCGCUACGUUAUUCUCAAUGAGCAGGAGCCCAGGAGGAAGCUGCUGCGCUCUGCCACGCGGAUCCCCCGCCACUAUCUGAUGGAGGAACCCGCCCAGAUCGUGGAGCUGUACCCCUGCAGCGUGAAGCGCUACGCUGCCCGCGCGCCGCACCUCUACAGAGAAAACCUCUCCCAGGAGCACCUGAGUGGGGAGGGAACCGGCCGUCAGACACGCUUGGCCCUCAGAAACACCCACCGGCCGCAUUCCCUCUCCGACCUGCACCAGCCAGCACACUUCUACAUCGGAGAGCGUGAAAGUCACCUGCCGCCAGUCACGGACAGAAGCCAAGCCAGAGCGCAAUAUGGAGCCCACGGCCAGGAGGAAGCUGAAGAGCUGAACCCGAGGUUGCAGGCGGAGCCACACGGUCCACGAACCCGACGCCUCUUCCACUCCUCAGCAAGACCCGGCCAGAACCAGCCGGUUCGAAGCAAACACUCCGAGUCCUGUGUGAGGUCCAAGUCCAGACAGAAGAUGGAGCCGCCGCUGACAGAGUCUGACUCCGCCUCUCUGGCCUCCAGCAGCGACCAGCAGAACAGCAGCACGGACCAGUACAUCCAAGUCAUCCACAACAAGGAGCGACAUCUCAACCCCGAGUCCCGACAAAUCAUGGUCAAGAAGAAAUCGGUGACGACUUUUGACUUGAAGGAGUCAAGAGAUUUGGUCUGUUCCAACGUAUGACACACACGGGUUCAACCCGCCGACGAUGUUUAGAAGACAUUAUAUUCCCAACACCCUCAUCUGAUGAAAGACAAGUUUGACUAACUUAAACUUGAUGUCAUUAAAAUUACAGAGAUCAAUUUAGUUAUUGGUCGAGU